AUGCCAGACUCCCGCGCUUGGGUCUUUUCCUCCCGAGGCGAUCCCUCCGACGUCCUCUCCCUCACGAGCCGACCGACGCCGACGCUUCCCCCAAGCCUGCCCCUCCCUCGCGAUGUGCCCGUCCCCGAAGAAUGGAUCGUCGUCAAGGUCGCCUUCGCCGGCCUCAACGUCGGUGCCAUCUUCCAGAUGACGCUGAUUCCGAGCUUUAUUCGCAGCAGCACCUGUAUCCCCGAGAUGGACCUGUCUGGCGUUGUCACCGACGUCUGGAACCCGGACGAGGGGCAGGUCGCCGCCGGCCAUGGCAGCAAGGGAAGGUUCAAGAAGGGCGACAAGAUCGUCGCCAUGCUGCCGGCGAACCACGCGCUCGCCACGGGAACCGGCGCCCUUGCCGAGUACAUCACCUUUCCCGCCCGCUAUGCCGUUGCCAAGCCGGCCGGGACGAGCUUUGGCGAUGCCGCAGGCUGCCUCCUCGCCGGCAUGACCGCCCGUCAGAUGGUCCUCGAGGCUGCUGUCAAGAAGAGGAACCGCGUCUUGGUGAAUGCGGCGAGCGGCGGCAUCGGCACCAUGGUCGUCCAGAUGGUCCGCCGCAUCGUCGGAGAGGACGGUUAUGUCGUCGGCAUCUGCAGCGGCAAGAAUCUCGACUUGGUGAAGGGACUAGGAGCGGACGAGGUAAUGACGAUAAUCACGGGGGGGGGUCCAUCCUCAGCCUUGGCUAAUGGCGAACAGGUCAUCGACUAUACCCAGCACUCGAACCUCGCUUCCCACCUCGUCACCCUCUUCUCCGCCAACCCUUUCCACGUCAUCAUCGAUACCCGCGGCCACCAGUCCCUCUACGUCGCCUCGCCCUCCUAUCUCCUCCCAGAGGGUGUCUACUCCUCCGUCGGCAUCAAGCCGCCGUCCUUUGCCGUCCCGAACUUCCUGCGCGCCGUCUGGCAGAUGAAGCUCAACGAGUGGUGGCCAGUCAGCCGCUGGCUCGGUGGCACUGGGCGUCUCUGGCGGGGCGUUUCCAUGAUGGCGCCAACGCUUGAGGACAGAGAGCGUAUCGUCGGCAUGCUGGCCAGCGGCGAAGUGAAGGUCGUGAGAGAUAGCGUCUGGGCGUUUGACGAUGCCAAGAAAGCCUAUCAGCAUCUGGCAGGAGGACACGCGAGGGGAAAGGUCCUGGUCAAAGUAGACCCCGACCUUGGCGACGAUGAAUGCUAA